GGGCGGAGUUUCAAUUAUGACCAACGGCAAGAGCCACCGACCUCCACAUGACAGCACACAACCACCACCACGCCUGAAUCAUCAUCUCCCUUAUACUUUCAAAGAAAUCUCAAUUUGUAGCAAUCGUUUUUAACCUGAGAGUCCCCAGUUUAGAUCCUUAAACACCCUUCUGAUCCAUACAGGAUGCGCCUCUCAAUCCUUCCCGUCCUUGUUGCAGGGGCUGGUAUUGUCAGUCAAGUCAGUGCGGAGCCCAUCCGUGUCAUAGCCGAGAGCCCAUCGAAUGCCAAUGCAAACAUCCGCUUUGGCCAUGCCCUCGCCAACGCCAACGUGAACGGCAACGAUGACUCAGACAAUGUCGUCCGCUUGGUCCGCCCGAGCGUCGUAAUGACGACCUCCACCGAAGUCAAGGGCAAGCAUCACUUCUGCGGUGCGUCUCUGAAAGCGAAGGCACUCCGCAUGUCAAAUGCGUUCCGUCAUGCUCUUGGCCUUCCUCUCAUCGAGAUGGGUGAUCACGACGCAUUCAAGGGUGAGGUCGCCAGCAACCCCGGUCCGGUUACUGGAGAAGUUCAUAUCCUUCCCAUGCCCUUCAUCGGGGCUCCCAUCACUCUCGACAUUCCUGCCAGUUCCUCUGAGAAGGAAAACUCAGGUGAUGUCAAGGAGGUACUUGCCGACGGAUCUGUCGUGCGGAUCUAUCGCCACCAUGAAGCUGAAUCACACCACCAUCACCAUCAUGACAUGAAGCACAAGGACAAAAAAGCAAAAUCCUUCUUCAGGCGUGUUCACCGCGCCAUCAUGGCCCUCAGCCUAUGGGAGGGUCGUGCCGUUGCGUUCGUCCUUGGUUGUGGCAUCGGCGUUUUGCUUCGCAUGUUCUGGGUGAUGUCUGUCCUCACUUAUCGCACCGUCAGAGGUGAGAGGGCGGAGGAGGUCACCCUCGACCACGGCUACAUCAUGUUCGAACAUGAUGCAGAGAACAACUUUGUGCCUCCUCCUGAAUACACCGAUGAGAAGGUGAAGUUAGCCGAGGUUGAGGCUCAAGAGAUCGAGACUCGUGCAUAAAGUGACUGACACCAAUUUUCCCCGCAUACAUAUGAAUAUCUUGGUAUGGCUCGCGUACUGUGAUCCCUAUAUAUUUACACCCAGAUUCACUUCUGUUUCUCUCUUCGCUUGAUACAUAGCUGGUUGUUUGGUUUGGAAAUGCCUCGUGUCCGUGCAUAUUGGUUGGACGGAU